GAAAAUUCAUGUCAUCUAUGUCAAAUUAUCAUCAGUCAUCCUUCCAUCAUUCAUGAACAUUUCUCCAAAAAUUCCGCAUAAAAGUACAUGAGUUUUCUGGCCUACCCUCCCUGCCCCCCUCGCGGAUCGAGUUUUUCCUGCUACCCCUGUAUACCCUUUAGAUCAUGCCCCCCUUGCCGAUCUGCUAAACCAAGCAACCCAUGUGCGCCUUCUAGACCAUGCACCCCUUGCUUUUCGAUUUGCAGCCCUUGUACGCCAUGCAUUCCUUGCACCCAGUGUACUCCAUGGAGCAGGGAGUCGUCACCGAGAAGAGAAAAACUUUUCAACCUCUACGUUGGGGAAGCUUCAGGAGCUCCUGCUAAUGAGAAGAAGAAAGGCAAGCUAGGCAAGGGUGGAAAAGGCGAGGGAUAUAAAGGACAAGGCGGUGAAGGAGGAGGCAGCGGAGGCGCUGGAGGGGGCAAGGGAAGUGGUGCUGCAAGUGGCGGAAAAGAAGACGCUGAAGGAGAGACGGCAAAAAAAAGAAAGUCCGAGUCUGGAGUGGGGGGCGCAGUUGAAGGAGUAGGUGGAGAAGUAGGAGUGGCAGGUGAACCUGAAAGAAAGGGAGGUGAAUCUGGAGGAGUGGGAGGUGGACCUGAAGGUUUGCAAGUGGCAGACCCAGUAGGAACUGAAGAAGUAGGAGGUCCAGGAGAUGGCGGCUUUGGACAAGGAGGGACAGAAGAAGUUGGAGGAGAAGGAGUAGGGGCAGGCGAAACUAUCCCGGGGGUAAUGGGAACCUGUACUCCAAGGAGGAGAUGCCAAUGCAAGAAAAAGAAGCUAAUGUCGAUGCAACCCUUCCCAUCGUGGUCACCACAAUAUGCAAGUCGUACUCCAUACAUAGGCGGUCGCAACUGUAACACCUGUGGAUCUCCGAAAAAGCCGCCUCAUUGUAGCACAUGUGGACGUAUUCGAAACGCACAAUCUAUAGUAUGUCCACCAACAUCUACACUUAGAGAUGGCUACAGUCAACCUAGAAGGUACCCCGAUCAGACUACGGGAGGCUACCAACCACCUAAGAACGAACAUCCCUGUGAAGAAGUUCAAGGUUGUAUAUUGCCUGGCUGGAUACUGGGACAGAUAAUAACAUCUACCCAAGAUACGAACAGAGCCCAUGGACACAGUGGUAGCAGGGACGAUAGCCAGCGUUACUCAACAAUGUGCUCCAGGCAGUCGAGUUCGCCCCAAACACAUGGAUCAUCAAGAAAAUGUUGUGAAAGAGACCAAGCAUAGAAAAUGCUGGUGAGUUGCCAAAAAAGCACGAAACAGCUGUCUGUGGUUAGCUGUUUUUGGUUGGACGGACGAAAGCAGCAUGUUAAAGUUAGACCCUCUAAGAAAAAAGUUAGUGAGGAACAUUUAAAACAGAUAAAUUAAAUGGAUCAAGUCCGUCAAACAGAACAAAAUUCGAAUAAAAAAUUCCAUAUAAAAUAAUACCAUAAGCCACAAGCGGAGGUCAAGCCUGAUGUGUAAAAUAUGUGACAAAGCUAAAUAGCUAAUGAUAAGUGUUCAGACGCCAUGCUAGGAACAUCAAUAACCAGAUAUUGGAAAAACACUUGAACAUUUACUCAUCAAAAGCAGAUGUAGUGUGGUGAUAUUUUAGGAACUAGGUUUACUGAUUUUACAUCCAGACGGAGCGUGAAAAAUUGAUUCUGAAAAUAACUCCAUAUGCUUUUCGACGAAAAGGAACAAAAAUCAGGUCCUUUUUUAGAAUGAGUAAUAAAUUUUAUCCCCAAGAAGUCUGUCAAGGCUACUGCGAUCCCGUACGAGACGUCGAAAUUUGUUUUGCAUUGAGGUUAUGUUGAAGGCCAAAGGAAAACACCGAAGUUUUACGAAAAUUACCGAACGUUACCAGAAGGUUGCUAUUCAUCCGUGCCGUCAAUUGUCAUCUAAGUGAGGUUAGGAUAUUUUGUAUUGUAUUUUCCAAUAAUUCAAAAAUAUUUUCCAAAAGCGCCCAAAGAAAUGUAUUAUUUGGAGUUGUCAGAAACGCCAGUGCGAUUCGAAGCAGUGAAUCAGUUGACUAACGUUUUCUUCGAUGAUUCCAAUAAAGAUGUAUUUGCUGUACGAUCUGGAGGCAUAAUGGGGGUGGUAGUAAAAAAUGCAGAUGCUCAAUCCGAGACGUUAAAUUUUCGAAUGGAAGAUACUGGACCUGUACUAUCAAUAAAGUUCUCUCCUGAUCACAAAGUUCUAACUGUCCAAAGAACAAAUACUGCUGUUGAGUUCAUGGACUUCCAAUGCAAUGUUCUUGAUAAAUGCUACACACAAAGCUGUAAAAAGAAUUCUAAUAUAUUGGGCUUUGUGUGGUCCUGCCCAAAUGAAGUAGCAUUCAUAACAGAUCACGGGAUAGAAUUGUACAUGGUAUUGCAAGAGAAAAAGUCUUUGAAACAUCUGAAGACUGUUUCAGCCACUGUUCAGUGGUUUGUUUGGUGCUCUACAAAUAAAUUAGCCUUAUUGGCAUCAUCUCAUGGAUCUCAUUUGUUGCCAGUAUUCAUUAGGCAAGGAUCAGUUAUAAAAUUGCCCAAAGUUGAAACUGAACCUGGUCGUAUGGCAUUGGAAAGAGAUGUAACCUUAGCUACCUUAUAUGGAAUCCCAGCAGUUUUAAUUCUUCGUCAUCACAGUGGUCCUGGCACAGCAGAAGUCCAUGUUCAUACUCUAGAUGGGCCUGGACAGGCACCAGUUAAGACACAUGUACUGAAAUUAGGACUGACAGGCAGAUUUGCUAUUAAUGUGGUUGAUGACAUGAUUUUAGUACACCAUCAGGCUUCCAGAAGUUCAUUGGUGUUAGAUGUAGCUCUUCCAGGAGAGAGUGAUGGUACAGUGAAGUACCAUGCACCUGUUGUCCCAGCUAAGUCCAUCAAGCCUGUCAGUUUGUCACUCCCUGGGUUGAUUGAGCCACAAACACAUGAAUGUGAUCUGUACUCUCCAAAUUGGGUGGUCUUUCAACCAAACAUAAUCAUAGAUGCCAAGUUGGGAUGCCUUUGGCAUAUCAACUUACGCCUUGUUGAGUUAUGUAGUCAAAUAUCAGACUUAGGAGUAUGUACUCAAGUGGCAUUGAAAAGGACAAAUGCUAAAAUGGUCCUGUUACAGUUACUAUUAAAUACAGUGACGAAAGACAAAAUUCCCUUAGACAAGCUCCAGGAAUCUUUCAAUCACAUAAAUUGUGUGUAUAGAGACUGGUAUGAGUCAGAGAUUCAGAGCCAGAUGGCUUCUCCACCUAGUGCACCAAUCACAAUUAAGAGUACAGUAAAGCCUAGGGUACUGAUUGAUCAGGAUGAUAUUUACAAUGAGCUCUUUCUGAAACUAGAUCCUGAAAAAGAUGUGGAGAAAAUGGAGUGGUUACUGGUCAGUUAUCUGACUUCCUUGUCCGAAUGUAACAUCAUUGCUCAAGAAAAUUUGAACAAACUGUUGAUUCAUGUUUUGGCUAGACAAAAGAAGUUCCCAGUACUGCAACAGCUCCUCCAAUAUGGCGUCGUGUCAGAUUCAAAAGCAAUAGCUUGUCUCCUGCUGUCCUUGGGUAACCUUCAUCCUGCAGCUUCUCAGUUGGCUUUGGAUAUGCUUUGCAGAAUCGGAGCUGGUGAAGAGAUCCAAGAGAUACUGAUCAGUGAAGGAGAGAUUAUUUCCGCGUUAAAAGUGGCCGGAAGUCAAGGAAAUCCCAGGAAGUUCUUGACGUUGGCGGAAAAGUCAGGAGAUAGCAUGCUCUUCCAUACAAUCCUGGCGCAUUUUAGAAACAACCCUAAAUUCGCCGCGACGUUUGAAAAAGUGUUCUAGGUAGAAUCUCAGGGAAAUACCAGAUUGAAUUGCUACAUAUUGUACGCCCUCGUAUAACUGGAACUCUGGAUAAUAGCAAGACACCCUCGGACAUCAACCAGAAGAAUCAACAGGUGUCCGGAAAUAUCGACAUUUUGACAACCAAUCAUGCGAUCGUGUAUCCAAAGAGAUCAAGUUGAAGUUCGAGAACAUUUGGUGUCAUUGAGAUGGAUCUACUGCCAACUAGACCGCUUCCAUGAAAGUUCACGACACGCACUGGAAAAUGCUGGAGUAUUUCUCGACUCGUCGAUAGGAGAAUAAAUAUAGACAGAGAUAGCGGAUAAAUUUGUCAUGAAUUGGUUGCAUGUGUUGUGAUAAAUUAGUGUAAGAGUAAUAAGAG